AUUAAUUACAAUGGUGCCCGCAAAUUAGCGCCGGUGCCCCAAUUUAGCAAUUUUAGAGAGAGAAAGAAGAGAGAGAAUGGGGAGUUCAUCACCGGAGGACUUCUCCGUGUUGGUUCUGGCGUCGGAUCUGGGCAUCGACGCGCGGCCCUUCUUGUCGCAGCGGCCGCCGGAAGAAGAGAAUUGGCACGACUGCAGGUCCUAUCUUCCUUCCGCCGACGACCAAAACCUAGAUUUCUCCGACCUCGACGUCCUUCAGUUCUUCCGCCUCGAAAGUGGUUCCGAUAAGUCCGGCAACCGUAUCUUCCGCGUUGUCGGAAAGUAUUUCCCAGCUCCUGUUGUCAGUGGAGAAAGGCUGAAAAAGUACGUCUUCCACAAGAUUUUGAGUGAGAUGCCAGAAGGGCCAUUCUGUAUUGUAUACAUCCAUAGUACUGCCCAGAAAGAGGACAACUCCCCUGGCAUUACAAUACUUAGAUGGAUAUAUGAAGAGCUACCCGAUGACUACAAAGAUAGGCUUAGUGUCGUGUACUUCAUUCAUCCAGGACUCAGAUCAAGACUAGUCUUCGCCACUCUUGGCAGAUUCCUUUUAAGUGGAAGCUUAUACUGGAAAAUCAAAUAUGUGAGCCGCCUACAAUAUUUGUGGCAAGAUAUAAAGAAAGGGGAGGUUGAGAUUCCUGAAUUUGUUCGACAGCACGACGAUAUCCUAGAGCACAGACCGCUCACAGACUAUGGCAUUGAACCAGAUCCUUUGCAUUUGGUGGAGGUUCCAGCUACAGCCUAUUCGUAUGGAAGGUAUGAAUCUGGGUGGGGAGCAAGAGAGUCCAGGUAUUAGCUGGUUCUGCUUCGUUAUGUAUUAUAUAUUUGGUUUUGUCUCAUAUAAUACAGUCCACAGACAUAUAUUGUGUGUAAAUGUUUAUGCACUAAUUGUACUAUAAUACUAUGUGGGCUUGGAUUGCUCUUAUCUCAUGCCCCGACUACCUUUUCA